GAAGUUGUCUUAAUCAUAUUUCAGUAAUCGUGAACUUGUUAAACUGUUUACAUCGCGUUUAUCAUUAUAUAGUAUUUUACCGCAUUGGAAAUAUUUAAACACAAAUUAUAUAUAUAGUGAAAGAAGAAAAAUAUGAAACAAUUAAAAUUAAUUCUAUUUUGUAUUAUAAUUAUUUUUUGUAAAUUAAAUAAUGCAUUUAUUGAAAAUAACAAUGAAAUUUUAAUUCCUCUUGGAAAAAUAAAGGGAUCCUUUAUGCAAACACGUUUGGGUAAAAGAAUUUUUUCGUUUCGUGGUAUCAGAUAUGCAGAGCCUCCAACAGGCGAGAAUCGAUUUCAGCCACCUGUACCAAUAAAGUCUUGGGAAGAUAUUUUUGAUGCCUCUAAGGAAGGACCUUCGUGUCCUCAACCACAUUCUCGAUUAAUGUCAGAAGAUUGUCUUCGAUUAAAUAUUUACACAAAAGAAUUACCAAUAAAAAAAAAUAUAACAAAUAAACCUGUUAUCGUAUUCUUCCAUCCGGGUAGUUUUUUUGUUCGAUCAGGUCAAAGUUAUCAGUAUGGACCUCAAUAUUUAAUGGAUAAAGACAUCGUUUUAGUUACAGUUAAUUACCGACUUGCUUCAUUGGGUUUCAUGAGUACUGGUGACUCUUUACUGCCAGGAAAUCUUGGUCUUAAAGAUCAAGUCGCUGCUCUUCGUUGGAUUAAAAAUAAUAUUGAAUAUUUCGGUGGCGAUGCAAAUUGUGUAACAAUUACUGGUCAAAGUGCAGGUGCACGAAGUGUGACACUUCAUUUGGUAUCGCCAAUGUCAAAUGGACUAUUUCACAGAAUUAUUGCAUUGAGUGGUUCAGGAGUGAAUCCAGAACCUCUUCCUCAUCAUCAACGACAUUUGGCAAAGAAGCAAGCUCAAAUUUUAAAUUGUCCCAGUGACAAUGUCAAAGAAAUGCUCGGAUGUAUGAAAAAUAAGACUCAAGAAGAAUUUGGAAAUUCAUUAAGCAAGUUUUUUGAAUGGUACGGUGAUCCAAUUGUAAUAUGGAGGCCAGUAGUCGAACCAGAAAUUCCUGGAGUGGAAAGAUUCCUCACUGAUCAGCCGGCAAAUUUAAUAAGAAAAGGCCAAUUUCAUCAUGUUCCUGUAAUUGCUGGCGUCACGAAAGAUGAAUUUGCUGGAAUCAUAAAAGCAAAUAUCGAACGAGCACAAAACGGAAAUUUUGCAACUAUCAAUGAACGAAAUGAUAAUUGGGAAUAUAUUGCACCAAUCAGUUUUUCAUAUGAACGUAAUAGUUCAAGAUCUAAAUAUAUCAGCAAAGAGCUGAGGAAGUUUUAUUUAAAUGAUUUACCAAUUAGUUUAGACAACAUUAACGGACUUGGAGAAAUUUAUGCAGAUUCAAUAACCAUAAAUUCUGUACAUCGUUUUGUCAAUUUAUUGGCAGCUACUUCCACUAAACCAGUUUAUUAUUAUAAGUUUACUUAUCAGGGACGUUAUAGUCACACUAUUUGGAAGGAUUCGAAAAAACCGUUUGGUGUAGUUCAUGAAGAUGAUCUAAUUUAUCUUUUCUUCCUCGAAAAUCGUUUUCCAAUGUUUAAUGAAACCGAUCCAGAAGUACAAAUAAUUGAACGAAUGACAUCAAUUUGGGAGAAUUUUGCUAUAACUGGAAAUCCUAUUCCUGAGGAUAAUUUAAUAUUUGAAAAUGUAACAUGGCAACGAUUUACGCCAUCAAAUAAAUGUUAUCUCGACAUUGGCAGCGAGCUUAUCAUGAAAAAUGGAAAUAUUUAUCCUGAUAGAAUGCAAUUAUGGGAUAAAUUAUUCCCACUACCUUUGUUAACUGAACCUCGCAUCAUGGCGCGAUUUAAUUUAGUAUUUUUGUACCUUUUUAUAAUUGUGUGCAAUUUAAAUUUUAUUAUUGCAAAAGACAAAACACUGGUUUCAAUAUCACUUGGAAAAAUUAAGGGAUCAUUUAUGCAAACUCGAUUGGGUAAAGAAAUUUAUUCAUAUCGAGGCAUUCGAUAUGCAGAACCACCUGUUGGGGAACUACGUUUUCAGCAAGCUGUACCUGUAAAGCCAUGGGAGAAUAUUUUAGAUGCUUCUAAAGAAGGUCCGGCGUGUCCUCAAAUGAGUAUAAAUUUUACUUCUGAAGAUUGUCUUCGUUUAAAUGUUUACACAAAGGAAUUACCAACCGGAAAUCAAAAUGCAUCUCAACCAGUUAUCGUUUUUUUCCAUCCAGGUGGAUUUUAUGCAGGAUCUGCUCAAAGUACUUAUCAUGGACCACAAUAUCUUUUGGACAGAAAUCUUGUUUUAGUCACUGUCAAUUAUCGUCUUGCUUCUUUGGGAUUCAUUAGUGCAGGACAUCCAUUACUUCCGGGAAAUAAUGGUUUUAAAGAUCAAGUGGUUGCGUUAAAAUGGGUGAAAGAGCACAUUUCAAAUUUUGGUGGAAAUCCAAAUUGUGUGACUAUUGCUGGACAGAGUGCUGGUUCAUGGAGUGCGGCUUUGCACAUGAUGUCACCCAUGUCCAAGGGUCUAUUUCAUAGGGUGAUUUCAAUGAGUGGUUCACCUGUUAAGCCAGAACCACUUCCGAGUCAUCAAAAAAAUCUCGCCAUCAAACAAGCACAAAUUUUAAACUGUCCCACUGAUAAUAUUGAGGAAAUGGUCAAAUGUCUAAAAACAAAACCUGCUGAGGAAUUUGGCAAAUCUUUUCCUAAAUUUAACGAAUGGUAUGGUGAUCCAAUUUUGAGAUGGCGACCGGUAGUGGAACCCAAAUUUCCUGGUAUAGAAAGAUUUCUCACUGACGAUCCAGCGAAUUUAAUACGAAAGGGAAAAUUUCAGCACGUUCCUUUUUUCGGAGGUGUUACGAAAGAUGAAUUUGCAGGCGUUAUUAAGAGGACUAUUGAACGUGCUAGACAGGGAAAUACAUCUACCAUAGAUGAGAGAAAUGCAAAUUGGGAUGAGAUUUCGCCUAUUAGUUUUCUUUAUCAACGCGGUACGCCAAGGUCCAAAUGUAUCAGUCAUGAAUUGAAAAAAUUUUAUCUUAACGAUCAGCCUGUCAGUCUUGACAAUAUUCUUAAUUUAGGGAAGAUUUACGCUGAUGCUGUUACUAUUUUUUCGCAUCAUCGUCUAGUAACUCUAUUGGCAGCAGCGAAUAAGAAACCAACAUACUACUAUAAAUUUAGUUACCAGGGUCGUUACAGUCAUGUGAUAUGGGAAGACACUAAAAAGCCUUUUGGUGUUGUUCAUCAUGACGAAUUAAUUUAUCUUUUUGGAAUUGCACAAUUUCCAGCUAUUAAAGAAAAUGAUCCGGAAUUAUUGACUCUUGAAAGAAUGACAGCAAUUUGGGAAAAUUUUGCAAAAACCGGAGAACCCAUUCCCGAGGAGAAUUCUCUCUUUGAAAAUGUCACUUGGAAUCCAAUUACCGCAAGUCAUCCUUGUUAUUUAGAAAUGAACAAUGAAUUUAUCAUGAGGAAUGGAAUUAUUUAUCUUGAUCGAAUGCAUUUUUGGGAAAAACUUUUUCCUCUUCAACCGCUUACAGUCGUUGGAUGAUUGGACAAUGGAAUUGGAACAUUUCUCCAAAUGCCACUAUCGAUCAUUCCUGGAUGAAGACAAUUUGCCGUCACACCAGUGCCUUCGAGACGACGUGCCAAUUCCAAAGUGAAAACAAUAUUUGCAUACUUUGACACAUAAUAUAAAUAGCC